AUGAAAGCAUUUUUUUUUUGCUUGCUCCACUUUUGUCUUCCCUUCGUCGUCAUCAAAAUCCACAAACCCGCAGCGACUGACUGAACACACCACGGAGCUUCUCUGCUCGUCCUCAUGGCGGCUGAUGGUUGCUCCCUCCUCCCAGACGACUCCCUUUUCCUCGGGUUUGAUUGCUCCACGCAGUCCCUCAAAGCCACGGUGCUGGACGCCAGCCUCGCAAUCGUCGCCCACGACGCCGUCCACUUCGACUCCGAGCUGCCGCACUACGGCACGGAGGGCGGCGUCCGCCGGGACGCCGCCGAGCCGGGCCGCAUCGUGUCGCCGCCGCUGAUGUGGGCCGAGGCCCUGGACCUGCUCCUCCAGAGGCUCAAGCCCAAAGUGGACUUCGGCCGCGUGGCCGCCAUCUCCGGCAGCGCGCAGCAGCACGGCAGCGUUUACUGGGGGCACGGGGCGGGCGCCGUGCUGGCGUCCCUGGACCCGGCCAGCGGCCUGGCGCCGCAGCUGGCUGGCGCGCUCGCCGCGCCGGAGUCGCCCGUGUGGAUGGACAGCAGCUCCACGGCGCAGUGCCGGGAGGUCGAGGCCGCGCUGGGCGGCGCGCUGGCGCUGGCCCGGAUGACGGGGUGCCGGGCGCACGAGCGGUGCACCGGCCCGCAGAUCAGGAAGAUGUUCCAGACGAGGCGGGGCAUCUACGACGGCACCGAGAGGAUCUCGCUUGUCAGCUCGUUCAUGGCGUCGCUGCUCAUCGGCGGCUACGCCUGCAUCGACCAGACCGACGGCGCCGGGAUGAACUUGAUGGACAUCGAGACGCGCCAGCUGCGACAAGAUGCCAUUGAGGCUACAGCUCCAGAUUUGGAAGUGAAGAUUGGGAAGCUAGCACCAGCGCAUGCUAUCGCCGGAACUUUAGCUCCGUAUUUUGUUCAGAGAUUUCAGUUUACCAGAAACUGUCCGGUUGUUCAGUGGUCAGGGGACAACCCUAAUAGCCUUGCAGGCCUAGCAUUGAGUAAUCCUGGUGAUCUAGCAAUCAGCCUUGGAACAAGUGAUACAGUAUUUGGGGUAACUAAUGUCCCUGAACCAUCCCUCGAUGGAAACAUCCUUCCUAAUCCAGUUGACCCGAAGACAUACAUGGUCAUGCUUUGCUAUAAAAAUGGAUCUCUAACACGAGAAGAUAUCCGUGAUCGUUAUGCCGAGAAAUCAUGGGAUGUGUUCAACAACUUGCUUGAGCAAACAGACCCCUUAAAUGGAGGGAAACUGGGAUUUUACUACAAGGAACACGAGAUCCUGCCACCACUUCCAGUCGGGUUUCACCGCUACAUUGUGGACACCUUAGCCAGUGGACCAUUAGCUGAGACAGAGGAACGUCUGACCGACGAGUUUGAUCCUCCGUCAGAGGUGCGCGCGUUAAUAGAAGGCCAGUUCCUGUCCAUGAGGGGACAUGCGGAGAGAUGCGGCCUGCCGGUGCCUCCGAAUCGGAUCAUAGCAACCGGUGGCGCAUCGACAAACCACGCGAUUUUGAAGACGAUGGCGUCUGUUUUUGGCUGUCCAGUUUACACUGUUCAGAGGCCAGACUCUGCGUCGCUGGGUGCUGCUCUGAGAGCAGCCCAUGGGUUGAUCUGCAAGCAGCAGGGCGAGUUCGUGCCGAUCUCACGCGUGUACUCGGGCGGAUUGGAUGGGACAUCGCUCAGCAUGAGGCUGGCUGUUCCAUUUGGGGACUGCGAGGGUGACGAUGAGCUCCUGAACAGGUACGCGUUGUUGGUGAAGAAGAGGCUGGAGAUUGAGCAGAAGCUUGUGGAGAGGUUUGGCCGUGUGAAGUAGCUUGGUCUCGACAACAUUUCUCCGUGGACAUUGAAAGUUGCGGCGGCUGUAGCGGACCUCUGCAAAUGCAACUUCAGAGAGAAGGGUGGUAGAGAAAUUGUUUCAGAACUUGAGGAGUGCAGCAAGCAUUAGAUGCCCAGUUUAAGCAUGAACAGGACAGUCAGCAUGGUAACACUGUCGUGUGUAAGGAUUUGUAUUUUGUGGAGCAUGUUUUGUUCAGCAUGCAAUGCUUUGCUAAAGCUAUAUGGGUAAAAAAAACAUGGCUUUGUUUGGAUUUGACAAAA